AUGAGCCAACGCGACGACAUUCUCACCUUCCUCAACCCCUCGGGAGCUCGCACGUCUGCUUUACCCGUUGAUUUCUGCAUCCUCAUCACCGACACGUUGCAAUCGCCUGGACUGUUUGUCGAAACCCACUUUAUCCAUCGCGCGCUGCGAGAGCAGAGACCGGUCCUCUUGCUGGGCUUGAGCCAGGGGUUGAACCACUACAGCUCCAUCUUAAGGAAGAAUGUGAGCAGGAUGCGAAGCGUAUGCUAUUCAGAAUAUGCUACUCACCUAGACCAUCGUCUCGCAAUCGAAUAGGGCAUCCAACUUCAAAAUGAACAACGGCUCAAUCGAUUCGCCUUUGUAGACGGAGCUCGACACGCCAAUCACAACGACUUGGUCAAGCUACUCGAGGCGACAAGAGAAAUGAUACAAAAACUAGGUCCCCACCCCCUGGUCCUCGUCGAUGACUUGUCCUGUCCUCUCUGGCUCGGUAACUCGUCGAGCAAAGUAGCGACGUGGUUCAUGGCUCUUCGGGCGGUGGUAGCAGAGGUGAGCAGAUGAUCGCUCCUUCAUCUGAGGUCGGAUUAAGAAACCAGUCUGAUGAGAUUGUGUGCGUAAUCCUUUCUCAGGCCCAGGGAUCCCUCGUCGUGCUCCUACACGGCGACGAUACCUCCACCCCUUCACCGAACGAGGACCUUCACCUCUUCCGAAGCGUACUUCAGCAAUCCGAUCUAUGGCUUCAAACUACCUCUCUGGCUUCUCAAACGAGGGGAGAGGUACGUCGUAUAGUGCCAGUCUUGAGCCGGGGAGACUCCCACUUCUCACGUCCGUCUCCUUCUCCCCUUCCGACGCUCAGCUCUCCAUUCACCGAGGCCCAGCCCUAGUCGAAGACUACGGCAUCAUCCAACGCAGCGGUCCAACAGCUUGGCAUUACAAACUAGACGAAUCCGGUGCGACCUUCUCCCUCAAAGGCCUCGGGACCUUGCUAUGA